AUGUGUCAAGAAAUAAAUUUAUUGCGCGAUAAUGAGUGCAACAAACAUCCACAAGAGAACAUUUCACACUACCAAGAGUUGGUCAUGGGUCUAAGUUGGGAAGGAAAGGGAGAGAAAUUUGAUAAACGCACCCCCGCUAGCAUCAAAAAGACUUUUCAUGAUGUCGACCAAUUUGUCAUUUCAUGGAUUAGAACGAUUAAAGAAAAGUUUUAUGAAAUUUAUUCAAUCAAUUUGUGGCUCAAAUGUCCGAAGGUCACUCGAUGGUUAACGAACGAGAAAUUUAUGCUUUGGAACAAGUCUGCAAAAUGCAAAUCACAUAACGAAUGGUCAGAUGCAUUAUCUUAA